GGGUAGUUGUUGAAAACUACCCUUCUUUCUUUCUUCCUUCGCUGCUCAAAUUCAAACAAAAAACCUGGACAUUUACGUCUCCUUCCCAAUCCCAAGUCCCAAGUCCCAAGGUCCUGUUCCUUCUACGUCACCACACACGAUACCUUUCCCUUGGCCCAUACGCGUGUCAUCUGUUCUAAAUACUAUUCCGACUUCCAAGAGAGAGACGAGAGAUGGGUUCUCUUGAGGAGGAAAGAUCGCUCUUGGAAGAUGGUCUUAUUCAGGAUGAAACCAAUGGACUGUACACUGGAGACGGUUCAGUUGACAUUACCGGGAAGCCUGUUCUUAAGCAAAGUACUGGGAAUUGGAGAGCGUGCCCCUUCAUUCUAGGUACUGAAUGUUGUGAACGUUUGGCCUUCUAUGGGAUUUCCACUAACCUGGUUACAUAUCUCACACACAAAUUGCACGAAGGAAAUGUGUCUGCAGCAAGAAAUGUUACAACUUGGUCGGGCACUUGCUAUCUCACACCUCUAAUUGGAGCUGUCCUAGCAGAUGCUUACUGGGGGAGAUAUUGGACAAUUGCUAUUUUCUCCACCAUUUAUUUCAUUGGGAUGUGUACUUUGACUCUCUCGGCAUCAGUUCCUGCACUGAAGCCUCCCCAAUGUGUGGAUUCAGUAUGUCCUUCAGCUAGUCCGGCACAGUAUGGAGUAUUCUUCUUUGGGCUCUAUCUGAUUGCUCUAGGGACUGGUGGGAUCAAGCCAUGUGUUUCGUCCUUUGGGGCUGAUCAGUUUGAUGAUACUGAUUCUAGGGAAAGAGUAAAGAAGGGAUCCUUCUUCAACUGGUUUUACUUUUCAAUCAACAUUGGUGCUCUAGUAUCGAGUACUCUAAUAGUCUGGGUUCAAGACAAUGCUGGGUGGGGAUUAGGUUUUGGUAUUCCUGCAUUGUUUAUGGGCAUUGCUAUUGUUAGUUUCUUUUCUGGCACACCCCUAUAUAGAUUUCAGAAACCGGGGGGAAGCCCUCUUACAAGAAUGUGCCAGGUUUUGGUUGCAUCAUUUCGUAAGUGGAAUUUGGACGUCCCUAGAGACAGCAGUCUCCUGUAUGAAACACGAGAUAAAGGCUCUGCCAUUAAAGGAAGUCGUAAGCUGGAGCACAGUGAUGAACUGAAUUGUCUUGAUAAAGCUGCUGUGAUAUCAGAAACUGAGACCAAAACUGGGAACUUCUCCAAUCCAUGGAGGAUUUGCACUGUAACACAAGUGGAGGAGUUGAAGAUUUUAAUACGAAUGUUUCCAAUCUGGGCUACUGGAAUUGUCUUUUCUGCUGUUUAUGCCCAAAUGGCGACUAUGUUUGUGGAACAAGGGAUGAUGAUGGACACAUCUGUUGGGUCUUUCACCAUUCCCCCAGCCUCCCUCUCAUCUUUUGAUGUCAUCAGUGUUAUUUUCUGGGUCCCCAUUUAUGACAGGUUUAUUGUCCCGAUUGCUAGGAAAUUUACCGGUAAAGAAAGGGGUUUCUCAGAGUUGCAGCGGAUGGGUAUUGGUCUCUUUCUGUCAGUACUAUGCAUGUCGGCUGCUGCCGUGGUAGAGAUGAAACGAUUGCAGCUUGCAACAGAGCUUGGUUUGGUUGACAAAGACGUAGCUGUACCGCUCAGUAUCUUUUGGCAAAUACCUCAAUAUUUCUUGUUGGGUGCUGCAGAGAUAUUCACAUUCAUUGGGCAGCUGGAGUUCUUCUAUGACCAAUCUCCAGAUGCUAUGCGGAGUUUGUGCAGUGCAUUGUCGCUUCUGACGACUUCAUUGGGAAACUAUCUGAGCUCUUUGAUUCUGACAAUCGUGACUUACUUCACAACACAGGGCGGGAAGGCCGGAUGGAUACCAGACAACUUGAAUGAAGGCCAUUUGGAUUAUUUUUUCUGGCUCUUAGCAGGACUCAGUCUCUUGAAUAUGUUGGUGUACAUAGUGUGUGCCAAGAGGUACAAAAAGAAGAAGGCUUCUUAAGGCUUUUCCAGGAGGCCCUUUGCAUUUCUUUAAACCAUAAAGGGAAGAAACUGAAGAAGUGAUGUGUAAUGUUUUCCCGUUUGAUGGUGCUGAAGCAAUCUGUAAAAAUCAUUAUGUCUUUGAUACUUUUGUAAAUAACCCGCUACACUACAAGCUGUGCAUUUUUCUUAAAAGUCAUUUGAGAUUAUAAAGAAGAGAAUGUGUGUUCCGCUUC